AAACUUUUUCCUAUGGUCAAAGUUUAUUUAUCUCAAAUUUCUGAUUUUCCAAAUUAAAGUGCAUUGUACUAAAAAUUAAACAUUUGUGGUGUCUCGAAGCGACACUAUCACCCAUAUACAAGCGACACUAUCACACAUCAAGCCUAACGUAUUUUAUCUUCAAAAGCUGUCUCGUUUAUACGAUCUUCUCCUUGUUAAUAAAGAGAUCGAUCACUAUGGCCUCUGAAUCUUCUGCUGCCAAGAUGCUUAGUUUCUUUUAUGGUGUCACUGGAAACCGAAUCGUGCACCCAACCCACGGUAGGCUUUCACACUACUAUCCCUCCUGCCACAUGAUGGACUACGUAGUCCAUUCUAUGAACAUUACGCUUUGUGAUAAUUUUGAUUUCAAACAAGCCAAUCCCUACUAUCACCCCUACAUCCUCCGCCUCUACUGUGGUGUUCUGUUUUGGAUCCAGUGUCUUAGAGCUGGAAACAAUGUCAAUGCUCUUACUGAUGUUCAAUACCGGUUCCUCAACCGGUUCUUGAACAACCAUCCCUUGGAAACUCUCGCCAUUCCCGGCCCUCUCCUCGAGCUCUUCAAAACUCUCUGCUCUUCCCAGCCUGAGUUUCCUCAUAAUGGGAAAGUAUACCCUCAGAUACCUGCUCAACCAGGCCCAGCUCGACGCGAUGCCUUCAUGGGAAAUCUCCUUGAAAGCUACUUCUUGCCUAACGUCCCUGGGAUUUUCGCGCUCUUGGAAGACCUCAACCGUCUAUUUUCACAAUAUCCUCCUGUCUAUCCAAAAAGAGGCAGACACAUUCCUGUAACGGAAGAUGCUGUCUCUACCUUCGGUCACAAGACCUUUGGUUCCCAUGCUAACAGGACCGAGGCUGAAAAAUGGUCACUCGUUUCUCCUGGCUUACAGUACCCUUGUGAAGCCGAUCAAAAGCUGAAUGAGGCGUUUGCUGAAUGCUACAAUGAUUUUGACUUUCAGGUUACUGCUGCCACUGAUAACCUUGAAAGCAUCUCCUCCUUCCUCCACUUGAAACAUCGCAUGACUUGGUUCACCCAGGUAAAAGGAGUUGCGGAUGAUGUUGCUGCAUCCUUUGAAGGAUCCGGCACCCUUGCUGACUGCCCUCCGCAUGGCUUGGUUGCUAACCAAGUCAUGGUCUGUCUCUCUAAGCCAAAAAAUCUUCCCGACCCACCAACUUGCAUUGCUGAUAAGCGUGCAACCUAUGAGUUCAGCUACAAGCUCAAAAGCACAGCUUUCAACCUCUCUCCUCUUACGGAAGCUGUUGCUGCCUUCUCUCAGACGCAUGUCAGGAUGUUUCCUAACCAUCCCUUCUUUGGGACGUUCGGAUCUAAAACUCUUGAUCAUGGUCCGUUCUGGAACAGGAGGCCCAUUGGCUCUAGCCUUACCGAUGAUAGCUCCAACCUCACCAUCCCAUCGAUUGUCAAGCAAGCAUUCAAAUCCAAAGUCCCAGCUACGUAGGUGUUGUUGCCUUAAAAAUUUCCUUGUAUUCAUGAGUUGGAAAAGCAAUAAAAAGUCAUUCCUCUCUGAUGUGUGUUGCUUUCGUGCACUUUUCAAGUUUGUUGUCCCAUCUACAGGUGGUUGUUUUUUACUGUGACCAGAUCUCAAAGUAUGCAUAUGAACGGAUGUAAGCUUUUA